AUGACAGAUUCAGAUCUCGUGAGCGACCCGAGUUUUGAGCAGCUGCAGCAAUCAAAGGCUUCCUCAUCAGCCUGGCAUCUAUGGUCGUUCGCGCAUCCCAUCUGCCAAACCGCCUCGUCCUCGCUCGCCGCCUCCGCUACAUCUCGCCUCGACAUCCGCCCCCCGUCCUCCGACGCCCCUCCGCCGUACGAUGGCAGCUGCGUGCUGCAGCUCGGCGGCUGCGACAAACCUGAUCGCUGCUUGUGGGGCGCGGCGGAGCAGUCUAUCCCCACGGAGCCCGGGCGGCGGUACCGCCUGACCUUCUAUUUCGCGCGCCGCCAACCGCUGCAGCGCGCGCUGCUCAUGCAGGUCUCUUUCGGCGGCGCCAACGCCUCCUUCUCUUCCGCCGAUGCCGCGAGCGUGGAUGCGAACGGGUACGCGCAGGGCAUGCUGGAGGUCGACGCGAGCGGAGACAAGACGGCGGUCGUAUUCACAGUGCUCUCGGCUGAGAACAGCACGAUCGUCGAUGGCUUGUCCGUUGAGCCCAUCGACGGCGCAAGCGCGGCCGGCGGUCUUUUCUCCGUGUUCGCAUCGGGCGACGCGUCCCCCUCCUCCUCUUCCUCCUCCCCGUCGCCGCUUUCUCUCGUCGUGAUAAUCGCCGUGCCUGUGGCCGUCGUGGCCGCCAUUCUCAUCGCCAUCUUCGUCAUGUACAAGCGCCGGUCUGCUCCGGCCGGCAAGGAGCUGUCGUUCGAGGGCGGAAUCGACUCCGCAGUGCCGUCCACGCCGUCCUCCAAGUCCAAGUGCGUGCGCUUCACCUUCGACGAGCUCCGCCGCGCCACCAGCGGCUUCAAUGUGCUGCGCCGCCUCGCCGCGCCCUCCAGCACCAGCGGAGCCUACGGCGCGGUGUUCCGCGCGGAGGCCCCCGGCGGGCUGGAGUGGGCGGUGAAGCGCUUCCACCGCUUCAACUGGGGCGCGGCGGGGGAAUCCGAGCCGUUGUUCGUGGAUGAGGUGGAGGCGAUCGCGCGGCGGUCGCACCGCAACAUCGUGGGCAUCGUCGGGUUCUGCUGCGCGGGGAGCGAGCGGCUCGUGGUGUACCAUCUCAUGCCGCACGGGUCGCUGCGCGAUAACCUUCUCACCGCCGGCAACUCCCCCAUGCCGCUGCACCAGCGCGUGCGCGUGGCGAUCGGGGUGGCGGAGGGCCUGGCGUGGAUGCACUCGCAGCGGCCCAGGCUGCUGCACCGCAACCUCAAGCCGUCCAACAUCAUGCUCACCGCCGACGGCCAGCCCAAGAUCGCGGAUUUCUGCUUCGUGCACCACGGCGAGGGCGGGCGGCUGAACGCCGUGCCGCAGGCGCUUAACGAGGAGGGCUACCGCGACCCCGCCACGCCGCUGCUCGCGCCCUCCGCCCUCACCCCGCAACACACGGACGUGUACAGCUUCGGCGUGAUUCUUCUGGAGCUGAUCACGGGGCGGCGGGCUGUGGUGCCUGAUCCCGACGACGCAGACAGCAGGCUGCGCAUCACGGAAUGGGCGGUGCACUACGUGCAUGAGGGCGACGUGCACCUGAUUGCGGACCCGCGUGUCUUUUCACGCGCCUUUGCGGGUGCCUUCCAGCUGCUGGGGCAGAUUGCAGCGGACUGCGUGCAGGAGGUGGUGGAUCAACGGCCCAGCAUGCGCGACGUGCGCGAGAGAUUGCUGGCUGUUGAGGCGGAGCACUUUGGGGAUAAUAAAGGCAUGAGCUCGGGCGUUGUGGUGGCUGGGUUGACUGAGGUUCGGGUAGAUGAUGGGCGAAAAUAG